AUGAGGGUCGUCAACACAGGAGGUCGUCAACACAGGAGGUCGUCAACACAGGAGGUCGUCAACACAGGAGGUCGUCAACACGGGAGGUCGUCAACACAGGAGGUCGUCAACACAGGAGGUCGUCAACACAGGAGGUCGUCAACACGGGAGGUCGUCAACACAGGAGGUCAACACAGGAGGUCGUCAACACAGGAGGUCAACACAGGAGGUCGUCAACACAGGAGGUCGUCAACACAGAAGGUCGUCAACACAGGAGGUCGUCAUCACAGAAGGUCGUCAACACGGGAGGUCGUCAACACAGAAGGUCGUCAACACCGGAGGUCGUCAACACAGGAGGUCAACACAGGAGGUCGUGAACACAGGAGGUCGUCAACACAGAAGGUCGUCAACACAGGAGGUCGUCAACACGGGAGGUCGUCAACACGGGAGGUCGUCAACACAGGUCGUCAACACGGGAGGUCGUCAACACAGGAGGUCGUCAACACGGGAGGUCGUCAACACAGAAGGUCGUCAACACAGAAGGUCGUCAACACAGGAGGUCGUCAACACGGGAGGUCGUCAACACAGGAGGUCGUCAACACAGGAGGUCGUCAACACAGGAGGUCAACACAGGAGGUCGUCAACACAGGAGGUCGUCAACACGGGAGGUCGUCAACACAGGAGGUCGUCAACACAGGAGGUCGUCAACACAGGAGGUCGUCAACACGGGAGGUCGUCAACACAGGAGGUCGUCAACACAGGAGGUCGUCAACACGGGAGGUCGUCAACACAGGAGGUCGUCAACACAGGUCGUCAACACAGGAGGUCGUCAACACAGGAGGUCAACACAGGAGGUCGUCAACACAGGAGGUGGUCAACACGGGAGGUCGUCAACACAGAAGGUCGUCAACACAGGAGGUCGUCAACACAGGAGGUCGUCAACACAGGAGGUCGUCAACACAGGAGGUCGUCAACACAGGAGGUCAACAACACAGGAGGUCGUCAACACAGGAGGUCGUCAACACAGGAGGUCAACAACACAGGAGGUCGUCACCACACGAGGUCGUCAACACAGGAGGUCAACACAGGAGGUCGUCAACACAGGAGGUCGGCAACACAGGAGGGCGUCAACACAGGAGGUCAACACAGGAGGUCGUCAACACGGGAGGUCGUCAACACAGGAGGUCGUCAACACAGGGGGUCGUCAACACAGGAGGUCGUCAACACAGGAGGUCGUCAACACAGGAGGUCGUCAACACAGGAGGUCGUCAACACAGGAGGUCGUCAACACAGGAGGUCGUCAACACAGGAGGUCGUCAACACAGGAGGUCGUCAACACAGGAGGUCAACACAGGAGGUCGUCAACACAGGAGGUCAACACAGGAGGUCGUCAACACAGGAGGGCGUCAACACAGGAGGUCAACACAGGAGGUCAACACAGGAGGUCGUCAACACAGGAGGUCGUCAACACAGGAGGUCGUCAACACAGGAGGUCGGAGGUCAACACAGGAGGUCGUCAACACAGGAACACAGGAGGUCGUCAACACAGGAGGUCGUCAACACAGGAGGUCGUCAACACAGGAACACAGGUCGUCAACACAGAAGGUCGUCAACACAGGAGGUCGUCAACACAGGAGGUCGUCAACACAGGAGGUCGUCAACACAGGAGGUCGUCAACACAGGAGGUCGUCAACACAGGAGGUCGUCAACACAGGAGGUCAACACAGGAGGUCGUCAACACAGGAGGUCGUCAACACAGGAGGUCGUCAACACAGGAGGUCGUCAACACAGGAGGUCGUCAACACAGGAGGUCGUCAACACAGGAGGUCGUCAACACAGGAGGUCGUCAACACAGGAGGUCGUCAACACAGGGUCGUCAACACAGGAGGUCGUCAACACAGGUCGUCAACAGGAGGUCGUCAACACAGGUCGUCAACACAGGAGGUCGUCAACACAGGAGGUCAACACAGGUCGUCAACACAGGAGGUCGUCAACACAGGAGGUCGUCAACACAGGAGGUCGUCAACACAGGAGGUCGUCAACACAGGAGGUCGUCAACACAGGAGGUCGUCAACACAGGAGGUCGUCAACACAGGAGGUCAACACAGGUCGUCAACACAGGAGGUCGUCAACACAGGAGGUCGUCAACACAGGAGGUCGUCAACACAGGAGGUCGUCAACACAGGAGGUCGUCAACACCUCCGCGCUGUCAACAAGGUCUCAGGUAAUAAUUAUCUGUCAACCAUUUGUUGA